GGGCUCUGGAGCAGCCGCGAUGCUGAUCUCGGGAUGGGAGGGCUCUGGAGCAGCAGCGCUGCUGACGUGCUGCCGGAGCUGCAGUGACUCCGCAAUGGCUGAGCCUGCCGGCGCUGAGCGCAUCCCGCAGCCUGCCGGGGAAUCCUGUCCUUAGCUCCUCCGACCGCUCGCAUCCGCGCUCGGCUACCUGAUGGAGGAGAUUAAGUUUAAGGACAGAGCAGUCUUCGUGCUGGAGAGAGAGUUAGGGGUGCGAGCCGGGCAUGCUCAGAGACUGCAGCUCCAAAAGGAGGCUUUAGAUGAACAACUGUCCCAGCUCAAAGAGUCUGACCGGCAUCUGAGCAGCCCCAAGCGGGAACUUCCUUAUGCAAGUGGUGCAGGAGACGCUUCAGAUCAUUCGGGAAGCCCCGAACAGCAGUUGGAUGAAAAGGACGCGCGGCGCUUCCAGCUGAAAAUCGCGGAGCUGAGCGGGAUCAUCCGCAAGCUGGAGGACAGGAACGCGCUGCUGUCGGAGGAGAGGAACGAGCUGCUGAAACGUCUCAGAGAAGCAGAAAGUCAGUAUAAACCCAUAUUGGACAAAAACAAACGCCUCAGUCGGAAGAAUGAGGAGUUGUCACAUGCCUUACGUCGAAUGGAAAACAAACUGAAAUUUGUGACGCAGGAAAACAUCGCCAUGAGGCAAAGAAGUGGAGCAAUAAGGAGACCAAGCUCCCUAAAUGACCUCGACCACAGCCAGGAAGAAAGGGAAGUGGAUUUCCUGAGACUACAAGUCAUUGAGCAGCAGAACAUCAUAGAUGAGCUCUCCAAGACCCUGGAGACUGCUGGCUAUGUGAAGAGUGUCAUGGAACGUGAUAAGCUGCUACGGUUCAGGAAGCAAAGGAAAAAAAUGACAAGAAUUCCUAAGAAGCCAGUGGUGGAGACGUUCUAUGGCUAUGAUGAGGAGGCUUCCCUGGAGUCUGAUGGUUCCUCCAUCUCCUACCAAACGGACCGGACUGACCAGACCCCCUGCACGCCCGAGGACGACCUGGAAGAGGGCAUGGCCAAGGAGGAGACGGAGCUGCGGUUCCGGCAGCUGACCAUGGAGUACCAGGCGCUGCAGCGCGCCUACGCCCUGCUGCAGGAGCAGGUCGGGGGCACCCUGGAUGCCGAGCGGGAAGUCAAGACGCGUGAGCAGCUCCAAGCAGAAAUUCACCGGUCCCAGGCUCAGAUAGAGGACCUGGAGAAGGCUCUGGCUGAGCAGGGACAGGACAUGAAGUGGAUUGAGGAGAAGCAGGCGUUGUACAGAAGGAAUCAGGAGCUGGUAGAAAAGAUCAGGCAGAUGGAGGCAGAGGAGGCACGGCUCAAGCACGACGUGCAGGACGCCAAGGACCAGAACGAGCUGCUGGAGUUCAGGAUCCUGGAGCUGGAGGAGAGGGAGCGGCGGUCCCCGGCCAUCACCUUCCACCACGGCCCCUUCACGGAGGGGAAGAGCCCCCUGCAGGUGUACUGCGAGGCUGAAGGUGUAACAGACAUUGUAGUGGCAGAGCUGAUGAAAAAGUUGGACAUUUUAGGGGAUAACGCCGUAAGUAAUCUGACCAACGAGGAGCAGGUGGUCAUCAUCCAGGCCAGGACUGUCCUCACGCUGGCUGAGAAGUGGCUCCAGCAGAUCGAGGUGACCGAGUCUGCGCUGCAGCAGAAGAUGCUGGACCUGGAGAACGAGAAGGAGCUGUUCAGCAAGCAGAAGGGGUACCUGGACGAUGAGCUGGACUUCAGGAAGCAGUCCCUGGACCAGGCUCACAAGCAAAUUCUGGAAUUAGAAGCCAUGCUCUAUGAUGCCCUGCAGCAAGAAGCUGGAGCCAAAAUUUCCGAACUUCUUUCAGAAGAGGAGAAGGAGAAGCUGAAGAGCGCCGUGGAGCAGUGGAAGCGGCAGGUGAUGAGCGAGCUCCGCGAGAGGGACGCCCAGAUCCUGCGCGAGAGGAUGGAGCUCAUCCAGCACGCCCAGCAGAGAAUUAAAGAGCUAGAAGAAAGAAUUGAAGGCCAAAAAAGACAAAUAAAAGAGUUAGAGGAAAAGUUUUUAUUUUUGUUUUUAUUUUUCUCUUUAGCUUUCAUUCUUUGGUCAUAGUCCUUCAGGCCACAUGCACAAGCCCCUGAGGCCGCUGCUCCUGCUGUUCCUGCCCGAGGGACAGCCCUGCUUCCCCAGACCCACACAGAGACUUUGCCCCUGCACCCUCGGAUCUGUCUCGUUGUGUGCUGCUGGCCAGGGCAGCUGCAGCCUGUGGGACUUGCACGGGGCUGAGCUGGGCUGGGGGGACUCCCUGCACCCCCAAAACCCCCGAGAGCCUUUGGAGAGGACAGGACUGAGCCCGCCAAGGAAGCCAAGGACUCCGAGAACUGUGCUGCUGCCUCAGAACUGAGCCCACCGAGGAAACCAAGAGCUCUGCUGCUGCCUCUGCUGCAGCCCAGGCUCUCUGCAGGGCCAGCCCCUGACAGCAGCACCAUCUCUGAUUCAGAUACACUGGAUUUAUCCCGGUUCCCUGCUAAGCAGGUGGCAAAUUGCUUCUGUGCAGAAGUGCCCCUGUCCUGUCUGUGUGCCACACGCUCGUGUUUGUUCCACAGUUCUUCAAAAAUCUGUCUUGGAAGAAGGUUUGAGGAAGCGUUCCAGAGGAGUAGCUCAUGAAAAGAUGGAAGUGAGUGAAAAUGAAGUGGUUUGUUCCAAGGAAUUUCUCCAUUGCACAGGGUAUGUCCCAUGCUUUGUUGAACGUCCCACAAGCCCAGUUUUAGGGAAAAUGUAAAGCUACAUUCAGGAAACCAAGCUCUAAUUAUUUUUUGAGUUGUCAGUAAACCAUGAAGAGAAAAAUUAUGCAAUAAUUUGUAUUUGGCUGUCCUUGUACAAUGACAAAAGGCUUAACGCUGUCCCAGCAAAAAGUUCAGCCUGGAAAAGAAUGAACUAGACCAGAUUAUCCCUGAUCCACAUUCACUGGGCUGGGAGAGGGAACAAAAGAUGUUCUCACCUGGUAGAUGUCCUCACCUGGAAGGUGUCCUCACCUCAGCGAAAGGGAGCACAAGUCCCACAGAGCCCGAGCCUGGGAGGCUGGCACAGGAACCAGGAAGGAAAAAGAAUCCUCUAGAAAAACAGGAGAAGAGGGGAAAACCCAGAAGAAAUUCCACAGUGUGAUUGACCACGUUGGAUCCACAGCCGAGCACAGAAAUGCAGGGCUGUGGGGCAAGGCCAGGGAUGAGGAACAAGGCCAGGACCAAGGCCAGGGAUGAGGCCCAAGGCCAGAGAUGAAGGUCAAAGCCAGGACCAAGGCCUGGGAUGGGGACCAAGGCCAGGGAUGAAGGUCAAAGCCAGGACCAAGG